AUGCCACCAAAACUUCACACAGACCCAUCGUCGUCUUCUGAGAGUGAUACCAAGCAAAAUGCUGGCGGAGAAGCUGUGACAAUGGCGACAGUAAAAUAAUUGCUUCGAAUUCAGAAGAGUUAAAGCGAACAGAUGACAUAGUUAUUACUGUGUCUGAUCUAAAAGCAAGUCUUGAAUUUACUGAAAAAGAUGUGCAGGAAAUUAAACCAAACCUUGAGAAAUAGUUAGGCAUAGAGCAGGAAAUCUUAUAUAUGCAGUCCUUUCUCGGUCAACAGAAAGAUAAAGUUGAAUACUUAGAAAAUCAGAGCCGACAGAAUAACAUUAAUUUGGAUGGCAUUCCUGAAGUAUAUGACGAGAUGUGGGAGGUAACUGAGCAACUUGUGAAAGACGUUUUGAAAGACAAGUUGGAAAUUUCAAAAGAUAUAUCUAUUGAGCAUGCUCAUUGUAUAGGAAAGAGAAGGGUGUCACCAGGUUCUUCAGCUUCUGCCACGUCGACAACUCGCCCACACACUAUUGUUUGCCGUCUGAAAAAUUGGAAGCAGAAAGAAAAUAUUUUGAAGACUGCUUGGAAAGUUAAACCUCUGGGAGUAUAUGUUAAUGAAGACCUUGCACUUGAUACAUUGCAGAAGAGAAAAGCACAGAUGCCACAGUUGAUAGAAGCGAAGAGAGCAGGAAAGAUAGCGUAUUUCAUAUUCCAUGGACAAAGUAAUUGUCAGAAAUAA